GAUUGGUCUGUUGCUCCGACCAGUUGACAUGGCGUUUUGUGGGCACCAGCGUUUUCCCUACUCCUACAGAGAGAGCGCCUAUCUUACACACUAUCCUCUGCCGACGCUGGCUCUCACCACUCUGUCAAUCGCACCGCUCUGUAGAGACAGCCACAGGCAGGCAAAAGGGAACUCGCAACAGGAAACCAAAGCAGCGAGCGAGCGUCGACUAUUUGGCUGGCGCGAGCGAGUGUGUGUGUAUUAGCCUAUAGCGACAGGACACCCAGAUUUCCCCCCCACCCACGCAGGAUCAGCAACAGGUUUUGCGCGGAGUAUCGAAGCGUCACGUUAGGUGCAACACCAGAAGGCAUCAAAAAUGCGAGUGUAUGCAGCGGCAAUUGCCGCCGCCUCGGCGUGGACUGUCGCAGCAGCGCAGACUACCACCCAGACUACUCAGACUACCCAGACGACGUCACCGGUGUCGGCGUCGUCCGGCAGCGGCACCAUUUCGGCCAGUGCCGGUUCCGUGCCGUGUGUGUUUCGGUACUCGAUGCCGACGGCCACCAACCUACCAAGCAGCGUGACCACCACGACGUCGACGACGUCUUCCGGCAGUGACUCGGACGACGAGACCGACAAGUCUUCCGACAUGUCCGGCAGUGUCGGCGACGGGUCGGAUGACCGUCCGGGCACGGUCGGAGUCGGUUCCGACAGCUCGAGCGCGUCAGCCGAUACCGGGUCGAGUAAGGAGAAUCAGGACACUUCUUCGGACACUUCCGGCUCGUCCGCUCCUACGCCCACCACCAAAACACCGACGUCCACUACUAAGACACCAGCGUCCACCACGAAAACCCCGGCGACCACUACCCCUUCAGCGACGACAAAGACGCCGAGUACGUCGACCGGGUCGACCACUUCAGACGAAUCGGGAGACACUCCGUUGGCUACGACCGCUCCGUCCACGGCGACAACCAUUGGAUCGGACGAUGGCCGUCGUCUCAUGGGUGAGGCCGGCGAGGCGGGUGGAGCCACGCCGACUGCCGGUGCUGCCGGAGUGACGGCGGAUGUGUCGGCGGAGGCUUCCGGCUCGACGGGUGCGACCACGACGACCACCACUGCGCCGUCGGCGACGACAGCCACGCCGACGACGGCCAAGACACCAACGUCGACUACUAAGACGCCAAGUACGGGUACCGGUACCACAACAACUGCAACGACGGCACCGACGACCACGACGGGCUCGUCGUCCAUGGCCGGAUCGGCAGGUGUGGUCGGAACUAACAGCACUUCAGGCACCACGACCAUCGAGUUUAGUUGCGACUCUACUUUUUACAGCGCGUGGUCCACAAUGGGCCUGACCUGUGGAGGUACCGAACUGGACGUGGCGUCCGCUGCGGCGUCCACCGAGUGUUUGAUCUACUCCGGCACAUCGUCCGGCACCGAGAUCUCAGACUUGGCCACGUGCAUGUCGGUGUGCCGGUUCCCGGCCUGUAACAACGGCACGUGGGACUACACGGCGUCGGACGGUAUCAACUCGGACAUUUACGCCGGUCUGGAUUUCCUUACCCUCAUGAGCUACGCCGGCACACAGGCAGCCGCGUCGGUCGCGGAUGCAGUGCAGCAGCCGUUCUCGAACCUCACGUUCGCUGCUACUACUGAGUGUGACUACACUAGUGACAACUCCUUCGGUUCCUGUCAAUGUGCCGGUGUGACCAGCUCGACACCGUCGUCCGGUGCCGGUGGUGCCGGCACGACAUCCAACUCGCAGUACUCGGUGCCGGCCAAUAAGGGACUGGAAGACUCGGACCACUGGGCUGACGGUACGGCCAAGUCCACCGUCGACAAGGCCGGUAUCGCCUCAACUACCAUCGGUAGCAGUGCCGCUACAGUCUCGGUGGUUGCCGGUGGAGUCAUGUCGGUAGCUAGUGGCGUUGUCGGAGGCACCUCAGCCGGUGUGGCUUCCGGAGUGUCGGCCGCAGCCAGUGUGGGCAUCACUAUGGCUGCUGUGGAUAUCUGUCAAUUCUCCAUCAUGCUCAACCAGAUGAACGUGGACGCUCGACCUCGAUUCAUGGAAAACAUGGGCAAAAAGAUGGCUCCGGCUGCCUUUAACUUCCUUCCGUUCGGCAAGAACAACGCGUCGUCUUCGGACGACUCGAACUCGACCAGUUCCGGUUCGGGAUCGUCGAGUAACGUGGGUCAAUCGCGUCGUCUGCUUACCGGUAGCAGCUCAAGUGGUAGCUCUGGUUCGGGAUCUUCUUCUACGACUACGGGCGUGCAGGGUAUGGAGAAGUACGCGUCUCUUAUCGGCGUAGACGCUGACAUGUUGUUCUACUUGGCUGUGGCCGGUAUUGCCUGCAUGGUGGCCGUCCUGUUCGGAGCCUAUGCCAUCGCUAUGGGCGUCUGCUACUUCUUCGUGCAGGAUUUCCCCACCUUCAGUAAGAAAUGGCUGGAUAAAGCCAUCGGAGUGCUCAUGAUGAUCCUCAUUCUGUCCGAGUAUGUGGUCGGCGCUACUGCCAUGUACCAGAUCUGCUACUGCAUCGACCACGACUCGAUCGACGUGAGUUUCUUCCUGGCUAUCCUCACUCUGCUAGUACUAGCGUUCGGCACCAUUCUGUACGGUGUUUUGGUCAUCAAGAACAACGAGGAAGAGCUGCGAGAUUUGGGUACAAAGGACCAUUUCGACAAGAAGUUCCACGCUCGAUACGGUCCGCUGUACGACGAGCACAGCUUCGAAGGUCGCUUCUUCUUCGCACCUAAGCUGCUGCUGGCUCUGCUGUGUGGUAUGACCACCGGUAUGGUCUGGAUCGAAGGUUUGUGGCAGAUUAUUGUGCUCAUUGCGUUCCACAUUGCCUUCCUAUUGUACUUGGAGAUCAAGCAGCCAUACCCGACUGCGUUCGUGCAGAAGACGUCGAGUUUUGUCAUUAUCAUCAAGAUCUCGGCUCUUUUCCUCAGUUUCUUCUUGCUCUCCAGUGCGACGAGCUUCACGGAGAGCAUCCCGGACGAUCUACGAGAGGGUGUGGCCUUCGCUAUCGUCGGUCUUCAAGUACUCGUGCUCGUGUGUCUGAUGAUCCGUCAAGUGUACAUUUUCUACCGGACGUGGAAGCUCAAGCGCGACGGAGCGGACGACAAGACGGUGACGGUGCAGACGACCAACGCUCGUGAAGGUUCGGAGGCUUUCUUCGCUCUGGGUGGCGAGCCGCAGUACUACAACAACAACCAGAGUCGUGGAGGCUCCAUGGCUGUACUGGGAGACGACACGACUCCGAAGAUGCAGGACCCUCGUCAGUAUGCGCAGGAGACUCCGUCCAACGCCCACUACUACAACAACCGACCGCUGCGUGGGCUGCAGCCUCAGGGCAACCAGAUGCAACGCACCCACACGGUCGUGCAGCACGAGAACCGCCGCAACAACGAGGUCGACCUGUAAGAACCGAGAUGUGCGGACUUAGACGCGUGGAUAUUCGGCGUCACGUUUGAGGAACCGAGCGCUAGGUUUUUGUUUUUUUUGCUUCGUCUAAUAAGCACUUGGUGUUUUUCAUUUAUGUCUCAUGGAUGUUGAGUACACGUCAAGUUCACUGUCUUUUGUAGUAAUGGAUGUUACGACAACCUGCAUCG